AGCAAGCACGAACAUCAAACGGAGAUCCCGCAUAUUCCACUUCCAUUGAGGUUGAGGUUAGCAGUCAAGGCAGUACAACUGUUCAAGAGAAGAGAACAGCCUGCUGCAUGCAAUGGGGAGCUCAGCAUCCCUCUGUCUAGUUAUCACCUUGCUGGCAUUCUACUUCUUGGUUCCCUCCAACGCUAUACCACUCUCAAGAGUGCAGAGACAGGUGCCCUUGCAACAUGUCGGUGAUCAGGUGCCAUGGGUCGAAGAAAGCACUCCAAAGCCAAAGAUGGACAUGGGUAGAGUGAUCCCGGAGGAUGCUGCAGAGAGCGUCAGUGCAAGGAUGAUGCUGGAGACGCAAGACUACGCGCCCUCGGGGCCGAACAACCACCACAAGCCACCGGGUUGGAACUGAGUUACGCCGCCACAACUUACAUAAAAUUGUAUAUCAGUGGUUUCAUUUAGUUAACCAGCCGUGUUGUGCUGAUCUAUUGUGUGAUGUGAUGCUCACGGUCUUAAAUUACACUAGGAUAUGCUUGAAAGAUGCCAACUUAUUUUACCAUUGUAAGAUUCAUGUUUAAUUGAGAUAUGACGAUAUUAAUAAAAAUUGGGGGUGGCUCAACCAUGACCAUUGUGCUGCCCAUAGCUUGUUGUUCCUC